CUCAUUUUCACUAAUAAUAAUAUAUCCGUACGUGUAACACCCCAACCCUUGUUGAAAGCAGGUGUAGCUGUGACUUUUUUUCUCCUCCAUUUCUGCCAUCUUCUCUCAUCUUUCUGCAACCUUUUGCCUUCAUCAGUUAACAUCAUUUUACCUACUACUCAUCACUUGUUUCUUCUACACUACACUACACUUCUCAUCUAGCUUUCACUUUCAUUUCCGAACUCAUUUUACUUGCCAUUUUAUGCAAUCAGAAUCAAAGCUCAUUUCACCUUAUUCUGCUUCAAUCUUUCAUUAUGUGAAAGCAUUCUGAGAUGCAUGCACACUAAGUGAUGGAACACAAAUCAUGGAUUUGGAAGAAAAAAUCUACAGAGAAAACAAUGAUUGCAGCUGAUAAAAUCAACAGAGGGAAUGAAGAUGAGGUAGCCAAUUUGGCUGACAAAGUGGAACUGCACAGAAAUUUGAAAACUUUAGAUGAAAAGCUUCUGGCUGCACUAGCUGAGAUCAAUGCUAAAGAUGAAAUCGCAAAGAAGCAGACCAACGUUGCCCGUGAAGCCAUUCAAGAAUGGGAGAAAGCCGAGGCGGAAAUUAUAGCACUUAAGGAAAAACUAGAGAAAGCUACACAACAGAGAGUAGCCGAUGAGGAAAGAUCGCAUGGUGCUGACUCAGCGUUGGAGGAGUGUAUGCUGCAGUUGCGUUUCGUUCGUGAAGAACAGGAAAAACGGGUUCAUGACGCGGUGGUGAGGUCAUCAAAAGAGUACGAAAAACGAAUAACGGAUUUAGAGGGGAAACUAGCCGAAUCCAACAAGAAACUUUCGAAACUAGGUUCGGAAAACUCUCAACUAAGUAACACUCUUUCGGUAAAAGAAAAGAUUAUCGAUGAACAGCAUUUGGUCAGGGCGCAGUUGGACUAUGAUCUUAGGGCUGUUGUGAGUCAACUCGAGUCAACACAAAGAGAAAACGCUUCUUUGAGUUAUGAAAUCCAAGUGUUAGAGAAGGAGCUCGAGAUCAGAAAUGAAGAACGGGAGUUUAAUCGCAGAACGUCUGACAUGGCACACAAGCAGUAUUUAGAAAGUGUCAAGAAAAUUGCGAAAUUGGAAACGGAAGCUCAAAGAUUACGCCUGCUUGUUCAAAAGCGCCUUCCCGGCCCUGCUGACGUGGCGAGGAUGAAGAAUGUAGCUGAGGUUACUAGAAGAAGGUCAAACCCUUUUCCAAUGGAGUCGACCGAUUUUAACGUUGACAACACUUAUAGUAAAAAGAUCACCUUCUUGACCGAACAGUUAAGUUCGUUUGAAGAAGAGAACAAGCUUCUCAAGGAAUUCCUUCACCAAAAAACAAUCGAAUUAUCGAAAAGUCAAACGUCUGACAUGGGUAGCGAUGAAAAAGUCAGCAUGGCUGGAUCGUGGGCACCGUCAUACAAUACUGUCGGAGCUUCUGAUAUCGGUUUAAUGGAUGACUUUGUCGAGAUGGAAAAAUUGGCUCUCGUUUCGGUGGACAAACCAGUUGCAGAUGAUAUCAAAGUCGUUUUGCCGGAAAAAGAUAACUGCAACUUUAGCGUGACGAAUGACAAGAAAGAAGCAAAUGGCGACAAAUUCGAUGAAGGUAUGAACAUAUCGAUAAGGAAACUUAUUGAGCUUAUUGAAGGAAUCAGAUUAUCUGAAAAGAUCGACGAUUCAUCUCCAUACAAGACGUCAGAAACACCAACGGGGUACACCGUUCAUGUCUUUCAGUGGAAAACGUCUGAACUUCGGACGAUUUUGGACGAAUUUCUUCAAAUUUGUAAUAAGUUGGUAAAUGGGAAGGUGGGUGUGGAGGAUUUUGUUAAAGAGUUGACUUCUUCUCUGGCGUGGAUAGUCAACCAUUGUUUUUCGCUUCAGGAUGUGAGUAGCAUGAAGGAUGAAAUCAAGAAGCAGUUUGAGUGGGAUGAAACUCGAAGUGAGAGUGAGGUAGAAGGUGGGACCCACUUGUCGGAGGCGGAUAAGUUGACUUUCCCGAAAGACCAGUUACCGGGUUGGCCUAUGGCGUCAUCUUGGAACGUAAGAAAUAAGAUUUUCCAGGUGGAACCGAAUGUGAGGGAAGAGAUUAGAAAACUGAAAGAUGAGAUGGCAAAACUUGAAUCGGAGAAUAAAGAUUUGGAAGGUAAACUCGAAUCCGAGAGUGCCAAGUGUAAGUCUUUAGCUACGCAACUUCAAGAACCGAAGGGAGUUCUAAAGGAACAGAAGGAUACCCUUGUAGACCAAACGGAAGUCAAUGUAACAGUGAAAGAUAUUGAAAGACACCCCGUUGAGACCUUUGAUGAAUGCAAUGAAGCUCAUCAAGAAACUAUAUCUCUCAAAGAGCAAAAAAGUAUGACAGAAAACGACGAGAAAUGUUGUGAUUUGGACCAUGAUGAAACAGCCCUUUCAAGUCAGGAACAAGAACUAAUAGCAGCUUCAGAUAAGUUGGCUGAAUGCCAAGAAACCAUUGUUAACCUUGGGAAACAGUUGAAGGCAAUGGCUUCUCUACCCGCAGACAUAUCAGCGUCUGGUAAUAGUGAAAUUACUACAUCGCCCUUACCGGACGAAAACAACAAUCAGCGGGUGUCGCUACUUGACAAAAUGAUUACCGAGGACCCCACAGGAGCACCGCGGUCUCAAAAACCGAAAGGGAUUUCUCGUACCGUUACGUCACCGGCAAUAUUGGAUGGGAAUACGAAUCCUGUGGUUGUGAUGUCUCCGCGUAUGUUUGUAAGUGUGGAGGGGGUGAAAGAUGAAAAAGAUGAAGAAGCUUUGGUGAACUUUUUGUCAAAGAAGAAGAAUAAGAGUGGUGGUGGGAUUCUGAAAAGAUUGUUUUGGAGAAGGAAGAAAGGUGGUAAAAAGUGAAGGGUGUGGUUGUGAUGUGAGCUUUAGCUUUUGGUUGUUUGAUCUCAUGUAAAAAUAAUGUUAUGGUUUGAGGUAAGAGUUGUUUUGUUUGGUUAUGUAAAUAUAAUGAUAGUACUCUAACCAUAACCAAUGGUGGUUUGCCUUUUGAAUCAUGUGUUUUUUCCAUCCA